GAAUGACGCUUCCAAUGAGGCGCUGAAAUUCGGAGCCGUUGCAAACAUUUACGGGUGUCUCCUCCACCCAAACCACCGGGCUGUUGACAAACAUCAGAGCAGCUUCUAUGCGAAUCCUUUGAAACCGAGCCCGUCCUGAUGAUGUCAGGGAAGCAUUUCAAGGCUCAUGAAGUGAGCUGCUGCAUUAAAUACUUCAUUUUCGGUUUCAACAUCAUAUUCUGGUUCCUCGGAGUAGGCUUCCUUGGCAUCGGCUUAUGGGCAUGGAGUGAAAAGGGCGUUCUCUCCAACAUCUCAUCCAUCACGGAUCUGGGGGGUUUUGACCCAGUCUGGCUCUUUCUUGUGGUCGGGGGAGUGAUGUUCAUUCUCGGGUUUGCCGGCUGCAUCGGAGCGCUCCGAGAGAACUCUUUUCUUCUUAAGUUUUUCUCCGUGUUCCUGGGUAUCAUCUUCUUUCUGGAACUGACUGCAGGAGUCUUGGCAUUUGUCUUCAAGGACUGGAUAAAGAACCAGCUUAAUUUUUUCAUUAAUAACAACAUCCGAGCUUACAGAGACGACAUUGAUCUUCAAAACCUGAUUGAUUUCACACAAGAAUAUUGGGAGUGCUGUGGAGCUUUUGGAGCCGACGACUGGAAUAUGAACAUAUACUUCAACUGCACCGAUUUCAACCCGAGUCGGGAGAAAUGUGGAGUGCCUUUUUCCUGUUGCACCAAAGAUCCAGCUGAGGAUGUGAUUAACACUCAGUGUGGAUACGACAUCCGUGCAAAGACAGAUUCUGAGCAGAGAAACUUUAUUUACAUCAAAGGCUGUGUUCCACAGUUUGAGAAAUGGCUUCAAGACAACCUGACCGUAGUGGCGGGCAUCUUUAUCGGAAUAGCAUUACUUCAGAUAUUUGGGAUCUGUUUGGCACAGAAUCUUGUGAGUGACAUUGAAGCUGUGAGAGAGAGCUGUUUGUUCACCUAAGAGCUACAAAUGGCAGGAAUGAUGCAUCAGGAUGAAAAUUUGGACGCCGGCAGCCAGGAGAUAAGCAUGUUUAAUCCAAAACCCCACUUCUUUUAAUUUCAUUACUGUGUAAAUAGUAAAUUAAGAACUGAGGUUAAACUUCUGAAAUCUAUUGGAAGCUCUCAUGCAGAGCAGCAUUAAGUCCAAUUCAUCCCCACACAAGCAUACCUCUGGAGGUAAAGAGACUGCAUGGAGGAGUUCAAGAGGGAGACGAUGUAUUCACGCAGGAUUUAAAGGGAGGUUUAAAAGCAUUUUUCACAGCUGCAGCUUUUAACAGCUGCAUGAAGGAGCUGUGCAAAAUAAAAGUUCUUGAAAUGCACUGCAUGCCCUUUCCCUUCUGAAGGGGACAUUGGCUCGUUUAAACGUAUUUGAUUUAGUAUUUUAAAGUUUAUUGGAUUAUUGUAAUCAAGCUGACUCUUAACUACUGAGACUUUAGUGAAUUUUUCUGGGUGAUCACAGUAUUAUGUCGUGGAUUCUGGAGGGUUUAUGCAGUUUAUAAAGUUUAUCAAUGACAGAAGAAGGUCCAAAUGCACUGAUGCAACGUGUAAUCCAAGCUCAGCCUGAAGCACUUUAAUCAUCAUUAGAUAUGUAAUGUUUUUGAUUUUGUUUAUCUGGUUUUAAUUUGGAAGAAAUAACAUGAAAACAGUUGCACAUCAUCUUUGUAACUUUUAUUCUCCUUAAAUCUAAAUAAUCACAUGUGACCUUUGAUGAAAUCAAAUAUAAAUCUUGGAAUAAUAUUACCCUUGGAUAUAAGCAGUGUCAGCCUGUAUCUUUUAAAGCCAUUUCUGAAGUGCCAUAAUUAACUUCAUGCUGGUUCUUCUCAGUGGCAAUUCAAUUUUAUACUGUUUAUUUAUGCAGCGCCAGUUAACAACAUGGCACUUUACUGAGUAAACAGCACGUAGAUUCAAUUUGCAGCCCACUAAACAUGCGGUGCUGGAAAAGUUCUCAAAGCUUUCCAGCUUUUCCAACCAGCAGCUUUUGUUGAUGGGAGCAUAGAAAUUAAGCAGCGCCAGGAAACAGUUGUUUCUGUUUACAUGGCCAAGUCAUUUCAUGCUCAAUCAGCAGGAUUCUCUGAAAUCUCCCCUCUGCUUUGAAACUAUGGGCUGAACUGAAACAUCCUCAGUUAGUUUCAAUCAUUUUUUUUCUUAGUUCACUGGAUCUCAUACAGAUAGUUUUAUAUAUUUUUCAUAAAAUAAUUUUCUGUGUUUGCUAGUCAUACUAUUUCUCACCACCUAGUGCCAUAUUUAUGGUUUCUACAUACAAUCUGUGCUUAUUACUUUUGUUUCCUACAUUAUUUCUGGUAAAUAUUGACAGUCUUCUUGUAAAAAAGCAAAUACUUCCUCACUUAAUUGUAGGAUCUAACAGAAAUAGACCAAAUGAUGUAAGUUUCUAGCUGGAGAUAGGGACCAACACCCCUUGCGACCCCUCUUGGGAUAAGUGUGAUGGAAAAUGGAUAAAUGUAAGUUUCUAGUUAUAAAACAAAGGCCCUUUAAGGGCUAGACAAUUUCCUGUACAAACGUAACAUGAAAGAGGCUGUAUUUUCUUUUUCACAAUGACUUUACAAUGUAAAAAAUGUAAAUAUGAAUGGAGAUCAGAAUAAAUGUGUUCUUGUAA